AUGGCAUAUGUGAUCACCAGGAUACCAGACAGAAACCUGCCCCCAGCUAGGGGGAAGGGAGAAAAAGGAAGCGGCGCCGCCAGCCACCGGAAGGACCCAGCGCGGCACAGCUCGUCUUGGCCCGGCCCAGCAGGCCCCGGCUCCCUUCUCCGCUACGCCCUCACCCGGGGCCCUGCCGCCCCUCACGCACAGCCCGCAACACGGCCUCCGCCCCGCUGGCCGAGUCCCCAGCCAAAGCCGCUCGGGGCCCGGCGAACGCGCAGCCUGGGCGGUUGGGUUUUGUCUGCUGCGCAGCCCCCUCCGCGGACCGCCGCUGCCGAGCCCUCCCUCCCCAGGCGCGGCACGACACUUGGUGCUGCUUUACAGCAGCCUGCAGAGCGCAGCCGCUGCGCAGAGCGCCCCGCCUUCCGUGCGGCUCCUCCGCCUGGGCGGGGCGUAGGGUGGCGCGCGGCCUGCGCUGAGGAGCGCCAUCUGUUGGGCGGAGGCGGGCAAGGCCGCGGCGGCAAUCGCACAGCCAGGGCCGCUGUGCUGAGCCCACGCCUGGCUCCUGAUGGCGACGGAGAAGGUAGAGACGGGCAGAGAGGAGGGUUACAAACUUACUUCAAAAUAGCUCGAAGAUCAGUGAUGAAUGCACCUGCAAUAAGGAGUCUGCAAGAGACUAUGCUGCCCUUCUCUUCGUCCUCAUUAUGAAGGCUCUAUGAAGGCUCAAUCACUGGAAAGUUGUUUUUGGCUCUGGAUUCAGACCUAUGCUAAAGCAUUGUUCAUUAACAGUUACAAAACUGUUCUCCCAUCACACAAUAAAAUACAAAUAAAUAAAGAUGUAUUAUA